GCUCUGUUCUGUUCUGUCCUGUCUGGUCCCAGCUGCCGAGUGGAUCUGCAGUCUCUGGCCCGGGAGUGAGACACCGAGCCGAGCGAGCUGGCGGCUGGGGCCAUGGCGGGCGGGGGCGGGCGGGAGGACAGCGAGGCGGUGGUGGUAACGGUGAGGGUGCAGUACUUGGAGGACACGGACCCCUUCGCCUGCGCCAACUUCCCGGAGCCCCGCCGGGCCCCUACCUGCACCCUGGACGGGGCGCUGCCACUGGGCGCCCAGAUCCCCGCGCUACACCGGCUGCUGGCGGCGCCGCUCAAGAUGGAAGACUGUGCCCUGCAGGUGUCCCCAUCCGGAUAUUACCUGGACCCAGAUCUGUCCCUGGAAGAACAGCGAGAGAUGCUCGAUGACUUCUAUGAAGAAAUUGGCAAAGGGAGGAAGCCCACCCUGAUCCUGCGGACCCAGCUCUCCAUCCGAGUCCAUGCCAUCCUGGAAAAGCUCUAUAGAUCCAGCGGGCCUGAGCUGCGACGUUCACUCUUCUCCCUGAAGCAGAUCUUCCAGGAGGACAAGGACCUGGUACCGGAGUUUGUGCACUCAGAGGGCCUGAGCUGCCUGAUCCGAGUCGGGGCCGCUGCGGACCACAACUACCAGAGCUACAUUCUUCGAGCCCUGGGCCAGGUGAUGCUCUUCGUGGAUGGGAUGCUGGGUGUGGUGGAACACAGCGAGACCGUGCAGUGGCUCUAUACCCUCUGUGCCAGUGUGUCUCGCCUGGUGGUAAAGACAUCUUUGAAGCUCCUUCUGGUGUUUGUGGAAUAUGCAGAAACGAACGCUCAGCUCUUCAUCCACGCUGUCAAUGCUGUCGCCAAUGCCACUGGUGCCUACCCAUGGGCCACCUUCGUGUCCAUCCUGGAAGAGAAGAAUGGAGCUGACCCAGAGUUGCUGGUGUUCACCAUGACACUGAUCAACAAGACUCUGGCAGCCCUUCCUGACCAGGACUCAUUCUACGAUGUGACAGAUGCACUGGAACAACAGGGCAUGGAGGGCAUUGUGCAGAAGCACCUGGGAAGCCCAGGCACAGAUGCUGACCUUCGGGCACAGCUUGUCCUCUAUGAGAGUGCCCUGCGGCUAGAGGAUGGGGACCCUGAAGAGGGAGUCCCCAGUGGGCGCAAGGAGCGCAGGAAGCCAUCCUCAGAGGAGGGAAAAAGGAGUAGGCGUUCCUUGGAGGGGACAGGAUCUGGCAUCAAUUCCCCUUCCAGGGCAAGCUGCCCUACCCUGCCCCAUUCCAAAUCUCCUGUGGAAGCUCACCCUUGCCCCAUAGGACCAGCCCCCUGCCUCAGUUCCUCCGUGGUUUCGUUUCCCAGCCCCACUGUGGUUCCCCCUAUUGAUGUACUAGGUGAAAGGAGCAUCUAUAAACUUCAUCAAACUGUUCCUCUUUGGGCCCCUGAGAGCCCUCCCGUCCCUGGGGUCCCCCCUGUGCUGAGCAGGUUGGAAGCCCGUUUCCUGGAGAACAUAGCUGCCGCUGAAACAGAGAAGCAGGCUGCUUUGGCCCAGGGUCGGGCUGAGGCUCUAGCUGAGGCCAAGCUGGAUGAAGCUGACGGACACCCAGACCCCCGAGAGCUGUGGAGCACCCCAGAGCCAACCCCCACCCCCCACUCCCCUAGCACCCCAAGAAGUCCACUUUCCCGACCCCUGAUCCUAGCCCAGAGAAGCCUGGAGUCUGAGGUCCUGACCCCAGAGGCUAAGGUCACCUCAGAGCCACCCACACCCCAACCUUCACUCCAAAUUGGAGAUUUGGACUUCUCUGACCUAGGGGAGGAUGAAGACCAGGACUUGUUGGCCACUGAGUCAGCUGGGGCUGGAGAUGUCCUGGCACCACCACCCCUCCCUGGGAAUCCUCCACCUCCACCCCCUUUGCCCCUAGGAUGCCCCCCACCACCCCCACCCCCACUACCACCUUUCGGAGGGGCACCCCCACCUCCCCCACCCCCUGGGCUACCCCCACCUCCACCAGGUCCUUCUACCACUGACGGUCCCAUCCUCCCUCCUAAGAGGAAGACCGUGAAGCUGUUUUGGCGGGAGCUGAAACUUGGACAGGGACUCAAAGGCAGGGGUCGGUUCGGCCCAAACCCUACCCUAUGGGCCUCCUUGGAGCCUGUGACUCUGGACACUGCCAAACUGGAACACCUGUUUGAGACAAGAGCCAAGGAAGUGAUGUCCAACAAGAAAGCUGCUGAAGGCCGAAGGACAAUGACGACGGUGCUGGACCCCAAACGAAGUAAUGCCAUCAACAUUGGCCUCACGGCACUGCCCCCCGUCCACGUCAUCAAGGCGGCCCUGCUUGGUUUUGACGAGUUUGCCGUCAGCAAAGAUGGCAUUGAGAAGUUGCUGAUGAUGAUGCCGACAGAAGAGGAAAAACAGAAGAUCCAAGAGGCCCAACUGGCCAACCCAGGCAUCCCACUAGGCCCGGCGGAGAACUUCCUGUUGACCCUCGCCUCCAUUGGCGGGCUGGCAGCCCGACUCCAGCUGUGGGCCUUCAAACUAGAUUAUGACACCAUGGAACGGGAGAUCGCAGAGCCGCUGUUUGACCUUAAGCAGGGGAUGGAACAGCUGGCCCAGAACCCCACCUUCCGCUGCAUCCUGGCCACCCUGCUGGCUGUGGGCAAUUUCCUCAAUAACACCAAGAGCUGCGGAUUUGAGCUGAGCUACCUGGAGAAGGUGUCUGAGGUGAAAGACACGGUCCGGAGGCAGUCCCUGCUCUAUCAUCUCUGCACGCUGGUGCUCCAGAGCCAGCCGGACUCCUCGGAUCUCUACUCGGAGAUCCCAGCCCUCACUCGCUGCGCCAAGGUGGACUUCGAGAUGCUGGCUGAGAACUUGGGGCAGCUGGAGCGGCGCAGCCAGGUCGCGGAGGAGAAUCUGAAGGACCUGAUUAAACAUGAUCUAACGCCUGCCCUGCGCACCCGCCUUACCCACUUCCUAAGCCAGUGUGCCCGGCGCAUUGCCAUGCUCAAAGUGGUCCACCGCCGUGUGUGCAACAGGUUCCGCGCCUUCCUGCUCUAUUUGGGCUACCCUGCAGAAGUGGCCCGGGAGAUUCGAGUGAUGCCGUUCUGCCACACACUCCACGAGUUUGCGCUGGAGUACCGGACCUGCUGGGAUCGUGUACUGCAACAGCAGCGGAAGCGAGCCACUUACCGGGAACGCAACAAGACCAGGGGGCGCAUGAUCACUGAGACAGGGAAAUUCUCCUCUAUGGCUGAGGCAGCCUCGAGCCUCGAGACUGUGCCGGUGGCAGUGAUCAGCGGCCCAGAUCAGGGGGACAAGGACACUGAUGUCACCAUGCGCAGCCUACUGAGCAGCGGGUCCGAAGCCCCGACCCACAGCCGGAGGAGCCGAGGUAUGUCCCGGAACACCCCUUCAGGAGCCCCAGCGGCGUCCCCAACGGCAUCCCCGGAGGAGGCCCCGGGCUCUGGCGCUCCCAGCGAUGUGUCGGACGAGAUCAUGGACAGGCUGGUGCAGUCAGUGACCCGGUGCAGGCCCAGGGCCCUGGCUGCCCAGGAGCGAAAGCGAUCUCGGGGCAACAGAAAGUCCUUGAGAAGGACCCUGAAGGGCGGCCUUGGUGAUGACCUGGUGCAGGCACUGGGACUGAGCAAAGGGCCUGGCCUGGAGGUGUGAGGGGGAUCCCCUAAUGCACCCCACCCCUGGAGCCUUCCAGAGCAUGGUCUGAGACUCCAGAGGAGCCCUACCCCAGCCAUUUCGUCACUCCAUGUGUGUGCCACGAGGCCAGCAUCCUGAGCAGUAUUACGUGUGUGUGUGUGUGUGCGCGCGUGCCUGUGUUUGGUGUGUGUGUGUGUGACAUUCCCAGCCGGGGAGAAUAGAAUAAAGGUAUUUCUAACCAA